AUAGGCUGCCUUGGAGUGUGGUGGAGUCUCUUUCUCUGGAGGCUUUUCCACAGAGCCUGCCUAUUGGAAGUGAGUGCUUCGUGUUUUUCGUUAGCCAGAAAAAAAAUCGUGUCAUAUAGAUGGCCCAUUUUUAUUAGCGGAACACAAAUAUGAAAAUGAGACAACACGAAUGAAACUACACAAAACGAACAGCAAUUCCACACAAUACACAACUCUAAUACAUAUACAUUUGGACGCACGCUAUCAGUGUCUUAUUGGGAUAAUUGCUCAUGUAGCCUGGCUUCAUGGGAUCAAACAGAAAUACCACUUUUACCUGCACAGACGAUGAACUUCUUCUAUUUGUUAAAGUUAAACCAGGAUUAAUCAGACCCAAUGGGAAACGAUGCCCUGCCUGCUUUUCCACUGAUGUUUCUAAGUGUGGAUUAACCAAAGUAGAUUGUUCUGGAAAUGAACUCUACUGCAUUAAAACAGAGCAAUAUGUUUUAAAAGGUAAUUUCACAUUUCUAGACUUGCAAGCAUUAUUAGCUAGUAUCAUAUAAUGGAUCUAUCUAAGACAAACUGCUUGUGAGAUAAAUAUUGAAGAAUGUCUGAAUUCAUACUUUUGACACAAGCCUGCUUCAGUUAACACAGCCUCUGAUAAAGAAGCUCCCUUUUGCAUUGUCUUUCUAAGCCCAUACAAUCUCCACAUUCUGCCUUGACCUCUAUGGACCUGGCAUUUUGGGAGUAGUGAUGCUGGAGAAAGAAAGUCCAUAGCUGUUGGGUUGCAGCACCAUGCCUGCUGUGAACAAUGCAAUAAAACCCCGUUAGAAAGAAUUGGGUUCUUUUCUUGUUGAUCGAGCCGUAAUCAUCAAUGCCUGUCUCCAACAGGCAGAGUAAACAGCAGCUGUCUCCAGAAUCAGGGAUUAUUCAAAUUUUGGCAAGAAGUCCAGCCCUCAGCGGGUUCUACUUCAAGUUCUAGUUCAUUUCCCACUUGUGAUGUAGCUGGGUUUUAGUUGAAAAUUUCAUUUGCUUGUCAUCCCAGUUUAUAUAGCAAUGUGAUAUGAGGACCAGCACAAUUGAAUUUCAGAGAAAUGCAAUGUUAUAAUCUGUGUUAGUGUGAGGAAUGAUCACACUAUGUAACAAAAUUUGAAAUAAAUUCUGUACCUGGUUUGAAAGUAUAAUGUCCUGUUUAAUUGUGCAGGACUUACUUGAGAGUAGUUGUUUUAUUCCAGAAACUGCAUUUUUGUGGCUGCCCAAACUAUGUUGAAUGGGUUGAGGCUUAAAGACAUACAGUUAUUGAAAACCCAUAGAAAAAUGUGCUGCAUUUAGCAACUUUUCCCAUGUUUUAUAAUAGAACCAAUUAAGAAAAUACAUUUAUAACUCAGAAACAAAAAAUAUGUUACAUAGUGUUAUUAAUUACAGUGUUCUCUUUUUUUCCUGACUAUCUGGCUUUCCUUUUUUUUCCUUUAGGUUUCAUUAUGAAUUCCUACCAUAAGUGGGGCUGUGCUACAAAAACACUCUGUUACAAGUUUGGUGGGUCAUUUACAAGUUAUUUUAGUAAAGACAGUGGUACCCCUGUUUGCACCCUUGCUCCUCCUAAAAACUGAUAUCUCCCUUGUUUGCUUCCAUUCUCUGACACUGAGUUUGUGUUGCGGGCCAUCUGUUAUUUUUUAUUAAUUUAAUUUUGUUAACUAAACUCCUCAUACUAUAAUGGUAAAAAUUCCAAUAUAUAACAUGUGUAUAUAAUAUUCACUAAUGCUAAUGUAUACUAAUGCUAAGUAAAACACAUACUAAAAAAGAAUUAUACAUAAAUUACCGUUGACAGAGAAAAAAAUAGAGAGAAAUUACAAGAUGACUUCCAUAUUACUUAUCAAUUGUAUACAUAUUUAAGUGAUUUUUAUUUGCAUUAUAUUAAUCAUUUCCUUUUUUUCAAGUUUGGUUUACACCCUGUGUUAUGUAUAGCUUAGCUCUGUUUGUAGACACUUUCAACAACUAGAAUCAUAGAAUCAUAGCGUUGGAAGAGACCUCAAGGGCCAUCCAAUCCAACAUCAUGCCAAGAAGCAGGAAAUCGCAUUCAAAGGACUCCCGACAGAUGGCCAUCCAGUCUCAGCUUAAAAGCCUCUAAAGAAGGAGCCUCCACCCCAGUCCGGGGCAAAGAGUUCCACUGCCGAACAGCUCUCACAGUGAGGAAGUUCUUCCUCAUGUUCCUAAUGGAAUCUCCUUUCCUGUAGUUUGAAGCCAUUGUUCUGCGUCCUAGUCUUCAGGGCAGCAGAAAACAAGCCUGCUCUCUCCUCCCUAUGACUUCCCCUCACAUAUUUAUACAUGGCCCUCAUCAUGUCUCCUCUCAGCCUUCUCUUCUGCAGGCUAAAGAUGCCCAGUUCUUUAAGCCACUCCUCAUAGGGCUCGUUAUCCAGACCCUUGAUUAUUUUAGUCACCCUCCUCUGGGCACAUUCCAGCUUGUCAUCAUCUGUUCCUAAACAUCUGUUUUUGCAAUGAACAAAUAUUCCAAUCUAUGGGGAAAGUGAUGAGUUAUGACUUGACAAGGGAAUUGAAGGGGGGGGGGAUAAAAAGAAUCAGCAGUUUGUUCUCUGAAUGCUGAUAAAAAUGUGCAAUGCCAUAGAGUGGUCUGUCUUUCUUUUACCUGUAUCAAAUGAAUUUAUUUACAUAUUUGUGAAAUUUGUGAAAUGACAGAGAAACAAUUCUCAAGAAUCACAUGAAUUCUCUAUUUGUCCCUGAGGAAGUUUCCCUGUCUCUUAUGGGGAAGCUGUAGUCUGCUCUGAUCUAUAAUGUGUGCUUGGCAGAAGGAAUACGGACAAUAUCCGUAUGGAAUGGAAAGAAAGGUGCAUUUCCAAGCAACCAAGCAUAAUCAUAAUGUGCCAACCUAACAAUUCAAAAACAUGCAAGUGUGAGGAGAUAAAUAGGUACCAGCCUGGUGGGAAGGUAACGGCACUCGUGCAGUCAUGCCGGCCAAAGGACCUAGGAGGUGUCUAUGGUCAACGCCGGGUCUUUGGCUUAGAAAUAGAGAUGAGCACCACCCCCCAGAAUUGGACUCAACAAGACCUAAUGUCAAGGGAAACUUUUACCUUUACCUAAUGUGCACACAUAUUUACUUCUCUCCAAGUUUGUUAAAUUGCACAGAAGUCUGUUUUAUCUCCCAUCCUCUUUGACAUCUAUAUGAAGUUGCUGAGUGAGAUCAUCUGAAGUUUUGGAGUGCAGUGACACCUCUACGCAGAUGAUACCCAACUGUUCUACUCUUUUCCACCCAAUUCCAAAGAAGUCAUUCUGACCCUAAACCAGUGCCUGGUGGCAGGGAUUUUGGAGUGAUGAUGGGUCUUGUAGGACUACACCAAUGCAAGCAAACACCCAGGCAGAGAAUGUAACUUGGAAGACUCUUUACUUCACCCAGAUCCACCCAAACACAUGCAAAACGAGGAGGGCACGCUUGGCGUUUAAUCCCCCCGUCCCGCCUACAGCUAUAGCCUAUGCUGUUGAAUUUUUAAAAAAAUGUGUCACACUCUUCUCCCUCGCGGUCCCAAACCACACCUUUCUUAUAAAAAAAAAACUUUUCUUUAGCUAACUUCUUCUAAUUAUUUAUUUUUAAAACUUUAAAAGAAAAAAGAACCCCCUCAUCCUUUCCCAUUCCAACACCUCCUUUUCCAAUGGCUGCCCAGACCCCAAAACCAGGCAGGCACUCAGGAAGCAAUGCCGCCACACUGCAAGGCGCAUGCAAGUCUAUGUCGCAGCAGAAAUAGCCACCUGCCGCACCCACACAGCACAGCACAGCCAGCCAGCCCCAACCUCUCCCUCCGACGCCCUGACGUGAAUGCAGCCUCGUGGCGCUCCACAGGCGCUUUUCAAGGAGGCAUGUACAGAGGGACAUGGAGGACGUAUAAACCCCUCCCCUUACAUGAAUGUGCACUGCGAUUGGUCAGGGAGGUAAGCCCAAGCUAGGCUGCACUUCCCUCCAAAACAAGUUUGGUUGAAUUAAAAAUGGUUUUAUUUAUCUAUAUAUAUAAAAGAGUGAUGGCAUCAGGGCAGCAGACAAAACAACAAAACUACAGGCCCCCCAACCUCGAAAUUUGACAACACAACCCAUCAUCCACGGUUCUAGGUUGAUACAACAAAAAGAAAAGAAAAAUAAAGUACUAAUUAGAGGGAGAGGAAUAAUUGUUUUUAUCCAAUUGCUGCCAGUUAGCGGGCUAAGCUCCGCCCACUUGGUCUCCUAGCAAAGCACUCAGCCCAGGGGACAGGCACAAGAGUUUGGAGAGACCCCUAAGGGCCAUCCAGCCCAACCCUUUCUACUAUGCAGCAGGACACAAUCCAAGCAUUCCCAACACAUGGACAACGUAUAAAUACUAUGCAAUACUACACAGGGACAUAGACCCCCCCUCUACCCUCACCACUUUCACAGUACACAAACAACCAAAUGCAUACUAAACAUAAAGACAACCAUACAACAGAUAUUCAAUACCACCACUACCUCAACAAGUUCUCACCAACACCACCAGACAACGCCACAGCAACGCGUGGCCGGGCAUAGCUAGUUACUGAUAAAAUUACAAAAAAUAACAAAAAUUGUCUAUAACGGUUCAAAAUCAUGGGUUAGAUCUGCCGCAAUAACCCGCGUAGGAUCCACGUUCGCAAAUAGGAAUAAAUACUAUUUUAUUACGAUUACCGAGAUUUAUGGUAUUUUUGCCAUUCCUAGUGUUUAUGUGUUACUUUUUACUUGAUUAAUUUUGCUUCAUUUCCUUUGGUUUCUAUCUAUCUAUCUAUCUAUCUAUCUAUCUAUAGAGAGAGAUUUCAUCAUGGCAGAAUCUAACAUGUUCUUCUAUCCCAAGUCUAUUGUUUUUGUUACCGUUUACAAUCACAUCCACAAUUCAGUUGUACAUUUUUAAUAAUCCAUUUGUUUAAUUAAGGAAAUUAUUUUAUCUCCCUCCUCCUCCUCCUCAUUAGCAUUAUUUCUAUUGAAACUGUAAAAUACAUCAAAUUGAUUGAAAUAGUUAAAUAAAAUAAGUGAUUUUUCAGAUUAGCUGUGACUGGUUAUUGAAACUCCCCUGAUUCCUUUGGGAAAGCAGCAAUUUAAGAAGGAGUUGAUACUAGAGAACACCUGGCAUUCUGUGGGCCUCUGUUGCAGGUGGGCUGAGAGCUCCGCACCACAUUGGAGAGGAUUGGAAUUGCCCAGCUAGGAAGUGCCAAGUGGUGAGGUGUCACUUUACUUCUUCCUCCCUCCCUCGAAGACCAUUUUGUUGUGUAAGCUCAUUUACUUUUCCAGAAAUUUAAACAAUUCUUCUAACCUUGAUUCUCCUAGAACAUUUCCAAUCACGAUGAAGACUUUUCUGGUUUUUUUACUCAAUGUUGCAGUUCUAAGGAAUGGUAAUUCUCUGGAUUGUGAAACUUGUCAGAGGGAUGGCAUUAGAUGUUCGGGACGGUUUAAGACCUGUAAAGACGACAAUGACAUCUGUAUUAAAGCAUUACUUGAAAACACAGAUGAGGGAAGACGUCGAUUGAGAACAGAAAUGGCCUGUGCAAACAGCAGAGUAUGUCAAAUGCCUUUGCAAUACCUGAAUACGGGGCAAGGGAGAUAUGAACGGACAAGCAUCGUUUGUUGUCGAGGGAAUGCCUGCAGGAAUGCUGUUCCUCGAUUCCAACCAGGGUUCAUCAAACCCAAUGGGAGGCAAUGCCCAGCCUGCUUAGCCAGUAACCGCACUGAAUGUGGAUCAGCCAAAGUAAGUUGUUCUGGGGAUGAACUCUACUGCAUCGAAGCACAGCAAUACAUUCGGCUAGGUUUCCGUCCUGUGCCUCGCUACAAAAGGGGCUGUGCUACAGGAGCACUCUGUAAGGUGGACGGUGGGACAUACAGAACAGAAGUUGGAAUUAAAUACCCUAACCCUAUUUGCUCCCUAGCGCGUCCUAUAGACUGAUAUCUCUCUUGUUUGCCUCCAUUCUCUGACACUGAGUUUGUAUUGGAGGUCACCUGUUAAUUUUCAUUUGAAUCAUUUUUAAGUCACUUUCAAAAAUACAUAAAAUAUGGUUAAAGAAGGGAGGGUAAAUAAGUGUAAAAGAAAAGGAAUGGAUAUAGAAAGGGAUUUUGGGGAGGGAAGAAGGGGAAAGGUAAGAUAAUGGAAAAAAGGGACUUUGUGGUCUUCUAUUCUUCUUUUUCUAGGUCUUUUAUUCUGUUUUUUUUUCUUUUAUAACCUUGUAGAUUAAUUUACUUUUCUUAUCCCUUUCUCUUCUGUGGGGUCUUCCUUUCUUUAUAUAUUGAUCUAGCUAAGUUCUCAAGAGAAUCUUGAUAGUAUUCGAUUACAUAUUCAUAUAUUCUUUGAAAAGUCCCCAGUCCGUUGAUUUAGUCUUCCUGUAUGAUUUUCAUUAAAAAAGUUAAUCUGUCCAUGUCCAUAAUUUCUAACAUUUUAUCCAACCAUUGUUUUUUAAAUGAAAUUUCUUCUAUUUUCCAAUAUCUGUUUAUUUUUAUCAUUUUAAUGUUGUUAACUGAACUCCAUAUACUAUAAUGGUGAAAAAACAUUCCAAUGUGUAACAUGUGUAUAUAAUGUUCACUAAUGCUAAUGCACAAUGAUGCUAACUACUGUAACAAAUAAUAAAAAGGAAUUAUAUGCUAAAUACAGGUUACAGAAAAAGAAAUAGAAAAAAUGUUUACCAAUUGACUUUCAUUUUUAAUAUCAGUGGUAUAAAUGCCUUCUUUCCCCAAUACUCAUGGAACAUUUUAAACUUCUACUAAUUCACCAAAGCUACAAUUCUGAAAUGUCCAAUUCUUAUCACUCUUUGGUGACGCCUUUAAUAAUUGUUCCUAAACAUCUGUUGUUGCAAUAAACAAAGGGAAAGGGAUGAGUUGUGACUCGACAAGUAAAUGCGAAGGAAGAAAAUGUUAAUGAAAACAGCAGUUUGUUCUUUGAAUGUCUAUUCCUGUUGAUUAAAAUGUUUAAUGCCAUGGAGUGGUCUGUCUUUCUUUUACCUAGACCAAAAGAACUAAGGUAAUUAUAUAUUUGUGAAAUGAUGGAGAAACACUUCUCAAGAAUCACACAAACUCUCUUUCUACCUGUCCCAGAUGAUGUUUCUCUGUCUGUUUUGGGGAAUCAUUACUAUGCUCUGAUUUGUACUGUGUAUUUGGCAAAAGGAAUAUGGACAAUAUCACAUUAGAGUUCCAAAGUACAAGUCUGCGAUUCCCUAUUGCUCGGUUUGCUUCUGCAGAAUUCUGGGAAAUGUAAUUUAGGGUGGAGCCUUUGAAAUUCUCAGCCAGAAAGGAUCUCAGCUUCACAU